AUGCCUGCGAAAAGGAGCAAUUCAGAGGGUGUUGAUUUUAAUAACAAAAGAUCGCCAUCUCUUUCACAAAUAUCACGUAUUUCCCGAUCCAUAUCAGCAUGUCAGAGAUGUAGGGUGAAGAAGAUUAAAUGUGAUCAAAACUUUCCAAAAUGUACUAAAUGUGCUAAAGCGAACGCUGAUUGUGUUGGACUAGAUUCAGUUACAGGUAGGGAGGUUCCUAGGUCUUAUGUCAUGUAUUUGGAAAAUAGAAUCAUGCAAUUAGAAGAGCAGGUAAACCAAGGAAGAAUCUAUCCCAAUGACAACACCGAAGUUACCGAGGAAGCUGAGGUUCAGCAUGAUGAUGAGCCAAUAACUAAUUUUACUGAUGGUAGUCAGUUACAUGGUCUGCCACCUGUGCCGAAGCAACAGCUACCAUUCGAGGAUAUCAAUGCGUCAAUAUUCGAGGGAUCAGAAAUUUCGUUUUCAAAAUUGAUGUUUACUGCAAUAAGGAGCCACAAAGGAAGCAAAGAUCAAGAGAGAAUAGACCCAAUAAUGGGAUGUGAAGACAUUCACGCAUCACCCGCUAUAUUGCCUCCAAAAAGCACUGCCCAAGAAUUUUUGAUGAUUUUCUUUUCACAAUCAAACCCUCAAUUACCAAUAUUUCACAGAGAAGAAUUUAUACAAAAGUACUUUAUCCCAAUUUAUGGUAAAAUAGAUGAGGGUGUAAUCCUAGCUAAUAAUUACUCACCGAUAAAUGUAUCUUUUUUUCAAGGAGAGAAUAUUAUAGAUGAAGAUACCUGGUUUUUUCAGUAUAAACAAGAGUUUCAAAAGCGGCUACACAAUUCUCAUAAUAAUGGGGACCCAAAUGAAAUAUCCAAUACUAUUAUUCCACCUAAAAAGUUUCAUAAAGCACUAUAUUUUUUAAGCAUGGUUUUUGCAAUCUCUAGUUCUGUUCAUCAUUUACAAUAUCAUUCAAAUAUAUCCAACUCUUUUAAAAUAGCAGCAAACAGAUACUUUGAGACAGCAAGUUCAUCACCGGAUAAGUUGGAAUCAUUACAAAGUAUUCUAUUACUUACUUUAUAUUCUCUUAUGAGACCAACUGUUCCUGGAGUUUGGUACGUUCUUGGGUUAGCUUUAAGGGUGUGUGUUGAUUUGGGAUUACAUAAAGAGACUCCUAAUCAAAGUUCAAAUUCAAUUGAUUAUUUUACGAAAGAUAAGAGAAGAAGGCUAUUUUGGUGCACAUACUCUUUGGACAGACAAGUUUGCUUUUAUUUAGGUAGACCCGUUGGAAUACCUGAAGAAAGUAUAGCCACCCCAUUUCCUUGUACCUUGGAUGAUUCAUUAAUAGAGAAGAACAAUUAUAAUGAUCUUCUGAUUCUUAAGAGCGAAACACCAACAUAUAAAUCUGUAUCAUUAGAAUUCUUCGAAAUGAGACGAAUUCAAAGUGAAGUUCAGAAAAUUUUGUACGAAGACUCAGAUAUACCACGAAAGUUUUCUGAUCUACAUGAAUGGAAAUUGGACAUAAUCGAAAGAUUGAAGAAUUGGAAGCUCCAUUUACCGAAAGCUGAAAGAGACAUGAAUUGUGAUUUUAACGUUGAAUUCUUUAACUUGAAUUAUAACCAUACAAUAUUAAUGAUCCAUGGACUAUCUCCAAAAAAUAAUAAAUUAUCGGUUCCUGAUUUUAUAAGGCUUCAAGAUUCAUCGAAAGAAAUUAUUCAUUGCUAUAAUCAGUUACACGCGAGUAAAUGCAUUAACUAUACGUGGGUUACAGUUCAUAAUCUAUUUUUGGCUGGAACUUGCUAUUUAUAUGCUAUUUAUAAUAGUGACGAUGUCUGCAGACAGAAUAGUAUAAAUGAAGUGAAAAAGGUAUCACGAGAAUGUAUUAAUGUUUUAAACUCAUUAAUUGACAAAUGUGCUACUGCUUAUAAUUGCCGUCAUAGCUUCGAGGUCCUUACAGCAGCUGUAGUGAAACUUAAAUAUAAUGAAAUAAUGCAUGGAAUUGAUAGUUAUAUUCCUACGGCUCAGCAAAUUGCUAACAAUCAACCCGUGGGCUAUGUUAAUUCGAAUCUUGACAAUUUAGUUCAGAAUUUGGAGUCAAGAUCUGAUUCCGGAGAAAGUGGCAAGAUCAUCGAGCAAACCCCCCAGAUGGAUGUGGUAGAUAACUUUUUUCACUUUGCAUCAAAUGCUAACUCAAAAGAAGAUGAAGUGAAUAAUAAUAUUGAUAAGAUAUCUCAAUCACCACCUACGUUCGAAUGGAUUAGUAUUGACAAGUCGUCGAAGUUACUUAAUAACAAUGAUCAACAAAGCUCCGGAAAUAACCUAAUUAAUUUCUUUGAUAACUUAGAUAAGUUACCGUCAUUACCAACUGAGGCAAACGACCAAAUAGGUAACGAUAAUGUUGUUGAUAAUUCUAAUGCUGAAAACAAGAGACAUUCAUCACAAACAGAGGCUAAUAAUUAUAAAUCACAAGCAGCUUCAAUACGGCAAUUGGAAAAUCAAAGCAGUUCUCUUAAAGAUUCAAAACAAUUUGACUUACCUGAAGCCGCAGUAGAAUCGAUUUGGGAUCAAUUUUUAACAUCAGUGACUCCUGCUUUUGGAUUAAGCUCGUCACUGUUUAUGUUGCAAGACAAAUCAGAUACUCUAGAUGAGUAG